AUGAUAUUUUCAUUAUUUGCACCAACAAUUGAUACAGUUAAACUUAUAUUAGAUGAUAAAGAUAUACAAAUGGAUAAACAAUCAGAUGGAACAUUUGUAUGCUCUGUAGAUAAUAUUAGUGAUGGUGAUCAUCGAUAUAAAUUUCAAAUUAGUAAAAAGAGUGGGAUAUUAUCAACAUCAAUUGAUAUUAUUGAUCCUUAUACUACUAAAUACGAUCGUGAAAAACAUAUUGGUAUUAUAACAAUCAAAGAUGGAAAAAAAUAUGAAGAAGAAUUUAAAUGGCAAUAUGAUCAUAUUAAAUUACCAGAGAAUAAAGAUUUAAUUUUUUAUGAAUUAUAUGUUGCUGAUUUUUCUCAUAAUGGACAGUUCUCAGGUGUUAUUGAUCAACUAAAUUAUUUAUCAGAUUUAGGUAUUAAUGGCAUUGAAUUAAUGCCAAUUAUUGAAUCAGAAGAAAAAGAACCUGAUUGGGGUUAUUUACCACGUCAUUUCUUUUGUCUUAACUCAACAUAUGGUUCUAUUAAUGAUUUAAAAUUACUAGUUGAUAAAUGUCAUCAAAGAAAAAUUCGUGUUUUUCUUGAUGCAGUAUGUAAUCAUUCAAAUAAAGAAUGUUCUCUUGCUCUCAUUGAUAAAGAUUAUUGGUAUUAUAAAGGAAAACAUCAUCCUGAAGAUCCAUUUUGGUGGGGACCUGAAUUUAAUUAUGAAUUUAAAGAUAAACAAUUAAAUAUAAAACCUGCUGUUAAGUUUAUUAGUGAUGUUGUUAAAUAUUGGAUUGGAGAAUUUCACUUAGAUGGUAUUAGAUUUGAUGCAGCUAAACAAAUAGAUAAUUACGAUAUUCUUGGUCAUUUGGAUUCAGUUGCUCGUUCAGUUCGCCCAUCCCAACCAUUUUUUUCUCAAGCCGAAUAUGUUUUCGAACGAAAAGAUUUGCUUAAAGAAAACGGUGGUCCAGUUGAUGCUUGUUGGUCAACAUCAUUUCAUGAUGGUUUAAGAGGUGCUCUUGCUUUAGUAAAAGAUAAACUUGAUACAUUGGGAGAUUUAGGUACUCUUAAAUAUUCAUUUUCAUCAAAAAAUUUUGUUAAUUAUUUAUCUUGUCAUGACAAUGAAAGAUUACUUCAUGAUAUUGGUAAAAAAGAUUUAGAUGCUUUUAUUAGAAUCAAAACAGCUAUUAUUAUUUUACUUACAUCGGUUGGAAUUCCCAUGAUUAGACAAGGAGAUGAACUUGGUGAAGACAGAGAAGUAGGAAAUUAUCAAGUGCAAAAAACGUGUUUUCCAAUGCCAUGGAAUUUACUUGAAAAUGAUUUUAAUAUUCGCCUUUUAAAUACAUUUAAACAUUUGAUAAAACUUCGUCAUAUAAAUAAAUCUCUUCGAGAAGAUCCAAUGAACUUUUUUUAUGAAGAUAAUCAAAAUAGAAUAAUAGCUUAUUCUCGUGGAAAAAAUUUAGUUGUUGUUGCUUCUUUUAAUAAAAUGGCUAAAACGAAAUAUAUUAUAGGAAAUAUUCCUCAAAAUGGAAUGUGGAUCGAUUAUAUAACAAAUGAACAAGUUUUUGUUGAUGCGGUUAAUAAUCUAACAUUAGAUUUAUUGCCAUUUGAUUCUCGAUUAUAUAUUAAACAGACUUAG